UUAAUGAUUGAAGAGGAAAUCUCAGGAUGGCUGGAUGAUGGCGAUUAACUUAAUAGUAUAAAGUUUAAAAGAAAUAAGGAGGAGAAGAUAGAUAAACCUCCUUUACAUUAAAAUCUCCGUAGUUAUAGCUUAUGUUAAAAAAAAGAUGAUACCGAAAAAUUGCUUAUAUCAAAAUCAAGUCUUUAUUGAAAUGUAUAUUAGAUCUCUUUUCUGACAAAGAGAAUUCAUCAUAAUUUUUAAAGUGUAGGAUAUAGAAAAAAUAAAAUAGUACAAUAGAGGAAUUGAAAAAAGUGAUGGAGUUUCUAUCAAUAAAUGAGUAAUAUAAAUAUGAAACUCACAGAGCAUUUGAUCCAAAUGAUGAUAGAUUUAUCAAACAAUAAUAAUAACUUAUAGAAAAAUAAAAAUAAUAAUAAGAACUCAAAAAAAAUAAAUUCAAACUCUAAUUGGAUAUUAAAGAUAAUUAUCAAACAAUACCAAAAUCAAGAAGAUAAUUAUAACCAUUAUCUGAUGUAUAAUAAGUAUAAAAAAUUAAUAGUGAGAGAUCAUAAAAUAAUUAAAUUCAAUAAAGUGGAAUUCAGGAAUCCAAAAGUUAAACAUAAACUAAAUUUAAAUUUCCAAAAUUCAUCAUCUAAUAAUAAAAAUAUAAGAAAUAACAUUAUAAAACAGAUGAGUUUAAUGGAAAUAAAGAUUAAUAGGAAUAGUAAGCUAAACAUUUUAUCCAAAUAAAUAGAAUAUUUAGUAAUAAUAAUUUAACGGAUACAAAGCAAAGUCUCUAUACUCCAAAAUCUGUUACAUAAGCUAAAUAUUAGAUUCAAUUAUAAUAAACAAUAAGUAAUAUCAAUUAAGCUCGAGAUAAUGGAUAUGCAUAUGAUUUAUUAUACAGAAAAACACCUUCAAGUACAAUAUAAGAAAAUAAAGAAAAAUAAAAAUAACUUAAAUUGCUAGAGAUAGCUCUAAAAUGUAAAAAUAUUAAAUGA